AUGCAGGUCCUGACCCAACUGAACCAACAAGAUAACGUUCUUGGUUCCCAAGAAUCUCCACGAUGGGUCAACCUGCAGUUCUGGUUUUAUUUUCCUUUAUCCCAACUUGUGAGGUUCUCCGCGCCUGGAAGUAUCGUAAUUGGUGUACUCAAUCCGAAACGUGGUACCUGGGGGUCAACCCGCACUUUCAAACGAACGCCUGGGUGGUUUGGUGGUUCGACUCAGGUACGGAGUCCCAUGUCUCCAUUCCCAAAUCUCUCUCUUCCCAUAUCGCCCCCACUUCACCCAAACACUCCGUCCGGAAGUCCGUGUCUCGUCCUAUCCGCACAAUCUACAGCACUCCGUUACCACACCCUCAAUCUUUGGUUCUGGUUCACUACUGGAUCCCACAACAUGCAAGUCCCCAGUGAAAUGAUGCCAUUCCGCUUACCAUGCCGAAACCCUAUCGGACGAAUAUAG